AUGCGGACACUCUUCUUGUUGGCCGUGGGGAUUCUUCCGCUCCUGACAUCUGCAUGGUCAGAUCACGCUCUUUUGGGUCGUUCGACGGGAAACGCGACCUCUUGCGACGCAGGCGACAAGGUCUGUGGCGUCUUCUGCAUCCCGAGCAACUAUACAUGCUGUCCCGACCUCGAAGGGGGUUGCUCGUCGAACUCGGUCUGCCAGAAAGGCGACAACGGCGUAUAUGGGUGUUGCCCGGUUGGGGACACUUGCACGGGUGACGGCGGCGCAGAAUUCCUCGACGACGGUUCGUCCACUUCUUCAACCAGCACAGCCGAUGCCUCAGUCGCAUCCAAGACGACUUCGGCCACCAAUGCGGCUCAGCCUCUCGUUGUGGCUCGGAAGUUGACGGCGGUGCUCGUCGCCGUCGGUAUCGGGGCUCUGCUAUCGUAA